GCCACGCGUAUAGGUUCCAUAAAUUUUUCAUACAAAAUGUACCCUAAGCUGCAACUACCUCUACUUCUGAUUUUAACAGUAGCAGUUGACCACUGUUUAUCAAGCGUACCAAUGGUCAAUAAUACGCAAGAUGAGCCAGCAGCAGAAUCAGAAUCAGAAUUAGAAAAACUAUUAAUCAGUCUUCCAUUAGUUCUAAUGAAAUAUAUAAACUAUUAUACUCGUACGCCACCGUUAAAGAUUAUACAAUCUAAGUGGGCAGUAGGAGACAAAUUUUUUACUGCGGAAACGGUAUUUGAGGGUGCAAUGGGUGCAUAUUUAGAACAGCAAGUUUUCUUCUGUGACCUGAAAAACUUUCAGUCUACAAAUGACGACGACAAAUACUGCUCCUAUCCAAUUCAAUUCAAGGUGGAAGACGUUUUGAAAUGUAAUAAGGAACCAGAGCCUUUUGUAAAAAAAUAUAUAAUAGCCCAGUGGCCGAAACCGCUGGAAAUUGAAUGCGGACGUAAGGAAGCUGGUAAAUUGCACCAGUUUAUGUACAAGACUUGUAUGACGAAAAACCUCAUCGAGAAUGAAAAAACAAUGCCAAAUUCGGUUUUAGACCCAAAUUCAAUCGAAAUCGAAAAUCGUUCCGUACUCGACAUUUAUCGAUUUUGCUACAACGAGAAAUACAAACAAGUGUUAUUCACAAGACAUGAGCUAAAUUUAUUUGAUUUGUUAUCCGAUGAAAAACUGAAAUACGAACAAGAAGAAAUAUAUCCCAUGAUAACGAAUGGAUACGAAUUAUUCAAAUCGCAGUUUGAUGACGUCGAAAAGGAAUACAUUCAAUUAAAAGAAAAAGGUUACGUAGCCCAGAAACUUGCACCUCCCGAUCACUUCCCGUUUGCUUUAUGGAGAAAAACAACGUUUCAUUAUUUAAACACGAUGCCAAUGCGAGCGGAACUGGUACAACUUUGGAAUCGUAUCUUCAUACGCAUAAAAAAAAGGGCAAUACAGGCACGAAAAAAACACGUUAUAUAUACAGGAGCAUUUACAAUUGAACAGGAGAAAAUACGAUCAACAAAAGGGGUAAUUCCAGUACCCGAUAUAUGGGUAACAAUAGUACAAAGUGAAGUAGAAGAAGGAGAAGAACCAAACCAAGAGAGAUUCAACUCAGGGGUCUCAAUCAUAUUGAAUAAUAAUUUCAAUCACGAUAAAACUACUUCCACAAAAGAAUUCAUCGUAAAGAAAUUUUGUAAAGAAAGCCUAUGCGAAAAUGCAUUUCCUAAAUAUUUCCCUGAAAUUGGUAACUCUAUCCAUUGCUGUGCUGUCGAGGAACCGAUAUUUAAAUUAUUUGAAAACAGAUUCUUGGUUGAACGUGUUAUGAAACCAGAUUUUAUAUUUGAUAGUGCGGAAGAUAAUCCGAUUCCAAUCACACCAGUUUUGGAGAAAACUGAAAGUAAAAAAAACCAGCGAUACAGCGAUUAGCUUCCAAAUUACCUUUACCUAAUUCUCUUUUCCAAUUGGCUUAGAUUUUAAGAUUCAUCUCAGAAAGUUCAACUAUAGGUAUAUUAAAAUCCUCAUCAUUAUUUCAUUUAUUUUCAAUGUGAAAUUAAUUUUUUUUAACUUAUAAUAAUACGUACAUAUGUAACGACAAUAAAAUUCAAAAUAAAAUC